CGCGUUGCGUGCACUUUUGGCAUUCGAACCACGUGUUAUGUUUGAAGCCAUUGGAAUAUUUGGAAUAUUGACUUGGAGUAAAAUAGUUCAGUGUAUGAUAUCACAUUUUUACCUGUACCAAUGCAAUCGAAGAUAGAUAAAAUAAACAAUGCUGAUACGGCAUUGGCACAGAGUGAUAAUGAAGAUGACAGUGACUAUGAAGAAAAUGAAAAAGAAGAUGAAUCAGACAGUGAAGGAAUGGAAGCUGACACAGAUGAAGCAUCAUAUGAUGCCGGAUCUACUACAAAUGCAGGCUGGGCUGAUGUUAUGCAAAAGAUUCUAAAAACAAAUAAACCGAAGAGAAAAAAAACACUUGUACUGGCCAAGGCAAAGAAGUUGUGCGAUAUAAAAAUAAAAGAGAAAGAAGAUAUUCCCUUCGAGAUUGAUGGCAUCAAAGAAGAGAUUAAAACAGAAUCAGAUAAAGAUAUUAAUAAGACAACUGUUACACUGAAUACUGCAUCAAUUAAAUCAAGAAUAACAAAAAACAGUGGUAUCAGAAUAAAACCAUCCAUUACAGAUCGAGAGCAUGAAAAAAUGUUGCAAAAAAUAGCCACAAAAGGAGUCGUGCAACUGUUUAAUGCAGUAAGACAGCAACAAGUGGAAAUUAAAACGAAAUUAUCGCAAGCGGGUCCAUUAGAAAGAAAACGCGAACAAGUAUAUAAGAAUAUUGACAAAAACGCUUUCCUUGAUAUUCUUAUGGGUGGCAGUAAAAGUAUACCAAUUGAUAAUGGUGUUAAAUCUGAAAAGCCUGUUAAGCAGACAGAUGAUAAAGACAAAGAUCACAAAAUGUGGAGUGUUCUUCGAGACGACUUUGUUAUGGGGGCUAAGUUGAAAGACUGGGACAAGAAGAACGUAGAAGAAGAAGAUUCUUCAGCUCCUGAGGAUAUAAACAGCGAUGUAGAUUAAAAAUAAGAUCUUUCUCCUUUUUUAUACGACUCUUUUAAAUAACUAUAAUUAGUCAUAAAAAUAUCGAUAUCAGUUGUGUACAUACAUAGUUAACUGCAUUGAUAUUUCUUGGAAUAAACAUGUAAAUAUUGUGAAUUGUAAAUUAUCUAUGGAUUUUCGAAACGGAUUAUUCCUUUACUCAUUUAAUUUUCCAAUAAAUCUCUUGUAAAAUCAAAUCAUACAUGAGAGAAUCGGAAUCCGUCGACUACAAGUUGACUGUCAUACCUAAAUGUGAAUUGAGACUCUUGUUUGCUCACCACUACUAUCUUAAAUUAUGACAUCAAA